CCAAAUUAAAAUUUCUCGUCUCGGCAGUUUCCUGUUGGACCUUAAACCCAUCUUUAUUGAAAAAAAAAAAAAAAAAAACCAUUUGCCCGGGGAACGUAGGUUGUAGAAAUGCCGUUUUGGCGCCAACUAUUGGCGCAGUUUGGUAACCAGAAAGAAAGAGACACAGAUUCUUUUUGACUCAAUAGGUUUUCGAUGGGGAGUCCAGCCUUAGAAGCGUUUCGCCCUGCUCAAUUCUCGGAGGAUGCGGCUUGGCUCCCCAUUUGGCUUCAGCAACAGAAUGUGGAACCAUUUAAUGAGGGCAUCAAUGGAGGAGAGACCCCUUUCGACCAACGUGUUAAGGAAUUGCAAUUGUUGCAGCAAGAGAUCAACAAGGAGGAAAAUGCCAAUCUGUCAAGAAGUGGUGAAGGUGGUUAUAAGAGUUGUCAUUUGUUGUUAUCUGAGGAUGAAAUUUCACCUCAUUGCUUUGCAGCAUCUAAUGAUAAUGUGAUUAAUUUCCAUCUUCACCUAUCAGCUGAUUCUAACUCUGAGUGCCUGGCAAAUCCCCUAAAAGAUUCAUCUCAAGUACAAGGGCUUGUUUCAAAUAGGGUAGUCUUGAAGCAACCUGUUGGAAUGUCAGUAGUUUCGGAAGGGAAAAUCAACCACUCCGAUGUGGGAUGCAAUCCUCUCUUUGUCAAUCAUUCUCCAAAUUCUAGAUGUCUUAAUGAAAACCAUAUUCCGAGGCACGAAGGAAAUGUUGGAUUUUGUCAAGUUGAUGAUAUCAGUGAAGCAGUGGAACUGUCUAUUGCAGCAUCUGAAGCUCUGGUAAUUCACGAAAUUAUGACUGGAAUAGUUACAAAACCUUUUCUGGCUACAAUGGUAUUGGAAGCUGCAAUUCAGCUGAAGCAAGCACGGCUCGAUAUUUGGAAUGAGACCUCUCAAUGUUCAUCUAUGCACAUAGGUGAAAUGGAUUUCCAUUCAGUCAUGCAUGAUUUGACUGUGGAAGAUGCGUAUGAGAAUGUUGGUUUGUCAAUAGAUCCCUCAAUACAUGAAAACGAUGUAUCUCAGGUUAAAGAUACUUUUGACUUGGAAAAUCAUAGACAUGAAGGAAAUUCGGAACAUGAAGAGACUAUUGGUUUUGUGAAAACUCUUGAUGAUUUUGAGGUACAAAUAGCAGACAAGGGCUUACAUGAUGAAAUGAAAGUGGAAGAGAUUUCAGCUUCAGAAAUUUUCUGUGGUAAUAGAUGCAAGGAACUUCUGAAGAACUCUUCUGUAUGCUUGGAUUCAGCCAGUAAAGAUUGUUCCACUAGUUCUCCAGUGGAUUGCUCAGAGCAGGAAAAUCUUCAAGUUUCAGCUUCAGUGGAGCUAGCUGACUAUGGUGUGGGUAAGGAUGAUUGCCGUCAUGCACAUGCACAGUCUUCUUUCACUAGGACUUCUGAAGCUUCUGAAAAAUAUAGUACUGCAGUGAAUUUUCUUCCGAGAAGAUUUCAAAGUCGUUGGUUAGGUGGUUGGGCAUGGAAGGAGGACGAGAAGCCAUUUGCUCAAAUGGAACAUCGAGAGAUUCAAGGCAUUCCUAAACCUUUUGUGAAUGAGAUGAGCUAUUUAUCAGAAUCUGCUGAUGUUGCUCUAGAUGAGAACUCAGUUCUUCAGAAACGAUCUAAAAGAACCAAUCCCAGUUCUCAAGCAAGCAUUCCUUCUGAAAUCUAUUGCAACAAAGCAGACAGGGAAAUAAACUCUCAGGAUGUCAUGAGAUGUUCAAGCCUAUCAGUUGGUGAUCCUCUUUGCUCAGUUGUUGCCUGUAGUUUCUCAUCGGAAAACAUUUGCUCCACUGCACUUUUGAAACAUGAACAUGACAUUUCUGGAAAUUGUUCCAUAGCAAAGCCAGAAUAUACAACAGACAAUUUGCAGAGGACAUCUACUGCAGUUGAGUUGGUUCAUGCUGAACAGCAUAUUGUCCCAGUGACCUAUUCUGAAUUGCUGCCUGUGGUUCAUCGCCAGUUCACCUCUCUGAAACCUUAUAGCGUAAUGGCUGGUAAUCCUGGUGGUUCUUUGGCGAAAGAAAAUUCUUGCCGUGGAACUUUUCCAACUGAAACCAUGCCAAAAUUGUCAAUGAUGGAGAAUCCUUUCUCCAAUUUGACUGGCAUUAAAAGCUUCAACAAGCCUGUGGAGAAUGGUCCUUUUACCAUGUAUUUAUGGAAUAACGAGAAGAUGUCAACUCCUAUACUUGACCACAGACAAGAAAAGUCUGCAAUGCAGGGUGGCUCUGAGGUUUUUGCGCAUAACAAAAAGCUGCCUAAGGUGCAGUCUACUUGUGAAAAUCAAAAUUCUUCCCAAAUACCAGCAAGGAAGCGUGUACAUUUUGUGGACGCUGGCACCAAUAAUUUCCCAAAGAAGAAACUUUCAAAGUACCGAGCAUCACUAAAGGAUUCUCAUACAAGUAGAGCUAGUAAAAAAUUGAGAACUACUAAUCGACAUUGCGACUCUGGAGGUCAGGAGCAGAGAAGGUGUCAAAGAAAUUGUUUCAGCAAUAAAUGGCUAAGGCUUCUAUUCCGGAAUAUGGAGUUCUUGCUAACAGGAUUUUCUAUUCAAAAGGAAAAGCAAUUUGAGGGUCUAAUUAAAGAAUAUGGUGGCAUAAUUCUUUCUGACAUCCCUUCUCCAAAAUCCAGAGGCAACAGAAUCUCAAGAUUCAGUUCUCACAAGCUUCCUAUUGUCCUAAGCUCAAAGAAGGCACUCGAGGGAAUCUCCAAGGGGAACUCGGAGCGGACACCUAAAACAUUGUUUACUUAG